CAGCGGUUGAUAUGACGUCACCGCGCUGCUGAUCUCCGUUUCGUUGACAGCGCGGCGGCGGCGGCUGCCCACAGUGCCCGGCGGAAGGGAUAGGCAGGAGAGGAGGGUGGCGCGGGAAAGUGGUCCGGCUUCUCCGCGGUGACAAGAACCGUGACGAUAAAAGGAAUCAAUCCGUGAGGAGGCUUCCUGCCGCCCUUCGUGCCCAGCCCUUCAGCUCGGUUGUUUUUUUUUUAUAGACUUGUUUUUCUUCGUUGUGGUUUGUUCUUGUGUGUCAGGAGCCUCUCCCCCCUACAUUCCCUCAGCCGGCACACACCGCCCUUCCAAAGACCUUCCUGAGGAGGAGCGGCCAUUACCCGUCACCGCGCUGUGCGCCCCGGAUGAAUCCUCCGGUGGAAUGACCCUUCCUUGAAUGACUCCCAAGUUUUCUUUGGAACCCUGCCUUUGGUGAAGAGGUUUCCUACAACUGAAGCCACUCUGUGGCUGUAUGCUUUGCAGAUUUGGGGUUCCCUAGGAUUUGUGAACUCCUGAAGCUCUCCUAUAUAAAAUCAACAGAGACUUUCCAAUCAUGGUUCUGUCACAGAGGCAACGAGAUGAGCUAAAUCGAGCAAUAGCAGAUUAUCUUCGUUCCAAUGGCUACGAAGAAGCUUACUCUGUUUUUAGAAAGGAAGCAGAGUUGGACAUGAAUGAAGAAAUGGAUAAAAAGUAUGCUGGCCUACUGGAAAAGAAAUGGACAUCAGUUAUCAGAUUACAGAAGAAGGUUAUGGAAUUAGAAUCAAAACUGAAUGAAGCAAAAGAAGAGUUUACUUCUGGGGGACCUAUAGGACAGAAGAGGGACCCCAAAGAAUGGAUACCACGUCCUCCCGAAAAAUAUGCACUUAGUGGUCACAGGAGUCCGGUCACUCGUGUAAUUUUCCAUCCAGUCUUUAGUGUUAUGGUGACCUCUUCAGAGGAUGCAACUAUUAAGGUGUGGGACUAUGAGACGGGAGAUUUUGAGCGAACACUCAAGGGACACACAGACUCUGUGCAGGAUAUCUCAUUUGAUCACUCUGGCAAGAUGCUGGCUUCCUGCUCCGCUGACAUGACCAUAAAGCUAUGGGAUUUUCAAGGAUUUGAGUGCAUUAGGACCAUGCAUGGUCAUGAUCACAAUGUUUCUUCAGUAGCUAUAAUGCCUAAUGGAGAUCAUAUAGUGUCAGCCUCAAGGGAUAAAACCAUUAAGAUGUGGGAGGUUCAUACUGGGUAUUGUGUGAAGACGUUCACAGGACACAGAGAAUGGGUGCGAAUGGUGAGGCCAAAUCAAGAUGGUACCCUAAUCGCAAGUUGUUCUAAUGAUCAGACAGUCCGUGUUUGGGUGGUAGCAACAAAAGAAUGCAAAGCAGAGCUUAGAGAACAUGAGCACGUUGUAGAGUGUAUUUCCUGGGCCCCCGAAAGCUCUUAUACUACUAUAUUGGAUGCAACAGGAUCAGAGACUAAGAAGAGUGGUAAGCCUGGACCAUUUUUGCUCUCCGGUUCCAGAGAUAAGACUAUUAAGAUGUGGGAUAUCAGUACUGGCAUGUGCCUAAUGACACUUGUUGGCCAUGAUAACUGGGUACGUGGCAUCCUGUUUCAUCCAGGUGGGAAGUUUAUAUUGAGCUGUGCUGAUGAUAAAACCCUACGUAUUUGGGACUAUAAGAACAAGCGCUGCAUGAAAACCUUGAAUGCGCAUGAACACUUUGUUACCUCUUUGGAUUUCCACAAGACUGCACCUUACGUGGUCACUGGAAGCGUAGAUCAAACAGUAAAAGUGUGGGAGUGCCGUUGAUUUGAACUCACCUUGGUUCCCAUCGCCUCUUCCCUCUCCUCUGGAUGCACUCAGAUACCAUGGUUACCCAUCUGUUAAAUACCUAUUGUCCUUUCAUGUAAAUUAUUCUGGAUGUAGAUUGAGCUUAUUAAAUGUUACACAAAAAGUAUUCAUGCAUGGUGAAUCCAAAUUGUAUACUGUAAAUUUACAUACGUUGUCUAGAAGUACCAUAGGUUUAAGAACAUGGGCAGGCAUUGGUCACAUCAGACCUAACAGGCAAGAACUAGGUAAUUCUGGGGUGUCCCGCAGAAUCAUGCCUGUCGCUUUUUGUCUUCGGUUGUGGUUUCCUGGAUCAGUUGGCUCACUUCAAAAGCACAUUUUUGUGGGGCUUUUUGAAAAGUAAUGUGGAUCUAUUACAAUAUUUUAGUGAGCUUUAAAAUGAAAAUAUACACUUCGUGUUGGAGUGUCCACAGAGUCAGAGGUUUGUGUAGCAGUAGCACUUGUCUUUUUAUGUAUGUAAACUUACUGCAAAAUAUGGCACUAAAUACUUUGUUGCAGGUAUUAAACUUCCCCCGCAGCAUGUGUGUCCCCUCUUGUGUUUUUUUUUUUUUUUAUUAUUAUUUAAUAAAUUUUUGUCCAUAUAAAUCUGGAUGCUUGCUUAGUGUCGAAGAAUCGCCACUUCAGGGUACGUAUGAGGCAUUACAUGCUUGAUGGCCUUUAAGGAGGUGAUUGUUGGAUGGCAACCAAAGACUUUUCAUCAGCGUAAAAGGAAAAAGAAAAUAUGCAACAAACUUGUUAGUUUGUUUUGUUUCGAAUUACGAACACCUGCAUGUUUAAAACCAUGUGCUGUCUUACCUUUUUUUAUUUAUUCUGUCAAUCCACCAUUUUGUGCCUCAGGAUUAGCUGCCAUCAUGCCUUCAUCUAAAGCAAAGGAUUAAAGCUGCCCUACAAACCUUUCUCAACAAACUAGAAUUUUUUGAUUGCCCAUAUAGCAGUUCCCAAACAGUGCUAAAGUUGGAGAGCCACACACAGGAGUUUUGUAUUGCACCAUACACAAGUCUGUAUGGUCAGCUAAUCUAUAACAAGGCAGCAUAUAUAAAAUCUUACUGGCUGCUUGCUAUUUUUGCAGCAGCUGCCAGGGCUACUUAAGACACUUUUAAAAAAUACAAUUUGGAAAAAGUAUUGGCUUUACACUUGACUGAAAAUCUUAAUUGCGCUUAGGAUUUCUGGGUUAGCUAUUUUGAAUGCAUAAAGGCUCAUGUUGGCUUUGACCGCUCCUUAAGGACCAGGUAACUACAUCAUAUAGGUUUUGCAAAGUACAAUGAGUGCAGUGUUCAGUAGUCUGUCAAAUUUCAGUUUUUACUAAGAUCACUACUAAUUUUAGUUGCUACGUACGGGCGGGUGCACUUUGCAUUCAUUGCACUCAUUAAAAUCAAUGUUUCUUAGGGGCGUUCUUUAGGCACAGAUGCUAUAAUAGUUAAUCAUCUGUUUCUGUUAGUUAGUAAACGCAGGCACAUUGUGGAGUUGUAAAAAAAAUGCUUUGCACUAAUCCUGAAACCCAUCAAAACCUCUGCUCAAUGGAAAUGCCUCAGACGUGGACCUUCUGCACAUCAGUGCUCUAUUUUGUUGUAUUUGAUCCUUUCCAAUGAGACGGCACCAAUGAACACAUUACAAAUAAGGUGGCAAUGAAUAGAUAAAGCUGUUCCUUCCACCUGCCCAUGCAACAGCCUUCUCACAUCCGUUGGCUGUAUGUUUUGUUACUGAAAUACCACUAAGCAGCGUGUACACAGUUUUAAACUGGUUACCUGAGAAGACGCAACAUUUACAAUUGCCUUCUUUUUUAGUUUUUUUUUUUUUUGUGUAUGUGUCAAUACUCAAAGCAUGCACACUGCCAUGCAAAUAAAAAAAUGGGCAAAAUCAUACUGAAAAAAAUAAAUAAACCAGCUAGUUUAAACGUACUUUCUAAACAUAUUGACGCAAAUAGACUUUAAAGUGUGACCGCUCUUCAUGAGCAACAGCCACUGAUGUGUUUUUUUUCCUUUCUACCUACUAUUGCUUUUGACACUCUAUUUACCUGGAUGAUUCCUGGCCCACACUCUUUUGCAGUGACUGUGUUCAUUCUCUUUGAUUUCUUGUUUUAAUACCAGAUCUAACCAUUCCUUUUCAAAAAGCACCUUUGGAAUCAAGCAUGUAUAAUUAUUCUGAUGCCUGAAACUUGUGCUCACAGUAGUCACCAUGUCAAAUAUCAAAGCAGUUUGUGUAAAAAAAAUUAAAAUUAAAAAAAUUAAGCAAAACAAAUUCCCUUUUGUGGAAUAGUCAAAAAAAUAAAUCCUUGUCAUAUUGACGUCCCCCCCCCCCCCUUUUUUUGUUUUUUGUUUGUUUUUUCUCCCACAUAAAUAAAAAUACCCUGCAAAACUAUAGGAGUAAUACACAGGUGUUUCCAUUAUGAGUGCCCACAAAUUUUAAAUGUUUUUUUUUUUUGGGCAAGUCCAGUUCACUGUACAGGCUGCUAUGCAUCAUCUACUUUUUUUUUUACCCUCCCGAGUGUAAGUUGACUAAAUAUUACAACCAAAACUGCACAAAGGCUUUUAAGUUUAGUAAGUGUUUGGCCUGUUGUAUCCAGCAAGGAUUUCUUUAAAAAAAAAGUAAAAAAAAUACAAAAAAGUCACACUACACUGUUUUUUAAAUAUAAAAGGCAAUUUUAUUUUGAAACAUCAGUAACCAUUUGCUCCCAAACACAAAGAGCUCUUUCACAUUUAUGGUUUGUCCAGCACGUUUUGUAGCUAAAAUUCUAGAUCUGCUUUACCCACCCUAUUAAAAAAAAAAAAUACAGAUUCAGACCAAUGCCCUCUUAGAAAAUGCAUUUUCUAUAACUUUUUUUUUUUCAAGUUUUUUUUUUUUUUUUUUUUGAGGUUUCCCAAAUCACAAUCUACUUUUUAGACAUGUACUUGAAGGAUCCCUUGGUCUAGAAUUCCAUUAAAUUGUCAGCGGUGUGCAUACUAUGUAAUGGACUCCUUGGCUGAUGUUCAGUGUACGGUCAGCUGUCAUGUGAACUCUCAGUGAUUGGGCAAUUGUGAGUGUGCCUUAUUGCCUCUUCUGUACAUUGACACAUUUUGUAUAGUAUGUUGAAGCAUUAUUGAUCUGCUUUGUAGUGUUGCUGUCUUUUCAGAGAUGCUGCAGAGGCCUAGUCAAAGGCUUUAGCUCGCAGAAAUGCCUUUUUAGCAAUUUAAAACCAAAAGGAAGUUCCAUGUCAUAGCUGUAGUCACUACAUGCAUUGUUGCUUUUUGGGGUCACUUAGAAGUCGUUCUUUGCUCCCUGUGGUUAAUUAAAUAUUUUGUCCUACAAACAGCAAAUCAUAACUGGAGAAUCGAGACCAACCUCGGCAACAAAAGGCAUUCAACAGCCAAAUGGCGCCGGGGGAAAGGAUGUGUCAGAAUGACAGGCAUUAUAACUCAAACUUGAAAUUUUAGCACAUCAUAGCUGGAUAAAGCAUCAACACCUAUUUAUUAGUGAAAAUUGCUUUUGCACUAUACACUUCUGUGGAACAGAAAAGGACUCCACGUACUUUGGAGCAGUGUAUCGCUUAUCUUGCAGCAACGCUGAACUUGUGCUGUUGGUGCCUCUACUGUGACCACUUUGAAGAUGCCCAUGGUCAUGCAAGCCAGCAACAGGCAACAUUCACAAAGUUGCCUCCAGUUUGAUGGACACUUCUGUUGCCUAUACUUCAGUUUAGCUUGAAAAGUGCAAAUGUGUCGCUCUAACAUAACCAGAAAUGUGGGGUGGUUGAGUGAAAAACUGUUGCUGUCUGUUUAGCAUCUUGCACUUUAGAAGAUUAAGCCGUCCUGCUUUAGUUUGGUGUGACCAAUGAUGUGCCCAGGCACUAAUCAAACAGUAACUAGUUACUAGCAAGUUGUCCAGGGUCGUGGAGCACUGUAGAUUCAAAAAUGGACUCUAGACCCACAAAGCCCAGUCUAUUAUUGUCAGACCCUGCUUAUCCCCGAAUUGCCUCUUCUCUGCUUUAUGUGAAACCCUCUGGUGAUUGAACUCUAUCUUGCAAUCUGCCAGUGCCCUCAACACGGGAUGUUUAAACAUGCUAUUUUAUUUUAUUGUUCGGUGGUGACUUGAUAAUCCUGGUCAUAUGGAAAAUAAUGAAUAUAUAUAUAUUAACAGGCACUUACAAGAUCUGUCAAAAUUGUAGCUCUAGUUAAUAAAUUAAUACUUACACAGAUGUAAACUUGUGGUGAAUGUAAAUUCAGAGACCUUUUUCCUCAUUGAAACCAAGUUUUGGAUUUACAAGUCACGACUGAAACUUCUUUAAACAACCAUUUUAAGCUGAUCCACACUAUCAUGUAAGUGGCUACUUUGUUCUCCAAGCUGACAUUGUCUCCCCUCCCCCCCCCCUUCCUUUCCCACACACAUACACUCAUUCCUCACCUUUCUCGAAGAACCGUUUCUUCAGUCUAGUAGACCCUUGACACGGACAUGACAGAAAGUGUCCAUUUUCGUAAGAAAAACGGAAAGGUUUUAUUUUGGAGGAAUUUUUUUUUCUUCUUGGACUGUAAGCGUUAACAGAAGAAAGUGACACAAUUAAAGGACGAUUAUAAAAAUCAGUAAAGGAAUGUAUAUAAUACUGCUCUGUGUUUUACAGUAAGAUUUGUUGCUCUCAGACUGUGUAAAACAAAAUUUAUUCGUUUUUCUGCAUAUUAAAGAAAAUCUUAUUGUACCAAUUGGUAAACUAUUAAAUGCAUAUAAAACUA